UCAUACAAAAGUAAACAACAUAUAUUUUGACAAUAAGAUAACGACCAAUAUAUAUACCCGACAAUUUUGAGAGCAAAUCAUAACGAUCCUGUUCCAGAAAGCUGUAGUUCCAUUAGCUGAAUAUAACCGAAAUAAAAUCAAGAUGCGUUCCGCAAUUGUUUGCCUGGUGAUUGCUACUGCUGUCUCUGUGUCAGCUUCAUAUCCUAAUAGUGGACGUCCUGGUAUCGACUUUCGUAAUAUUCCUGCAACUCAAAACAACAGAGCGUAUGUAGGAGAUGGCGCUUACAACGCAAGAAACAGACUUUCUUCGUACGCUAACCAAGAUAACGAUAUCUUCAAUUACGGACGCGGUGGCAUCGAUUUCGUAGGUAAUCCGCUGACACAAGUGACUGACACCAGCUCAGGAUCUGGACAUGGAAACGUAGGCAAUGAUCUCGUGGGACAUCAAGUGCACAGUAACAAAGUUAUCAGCGAGGGACCCGGCAGCAAUAUCCGCUACUUUAAUUCACCUGCAUUACAAGAUACCACCCACAGAUCAGGAGUUGGAAGUUUUAACUCCGGAAAUUCAAACAGACAAUAUAACGUCCAAGAUAAUACUGUCGUAAACAGAGAUACCGGCUAUUAAUAUUAAGAUUUUUCAUAGCAACGUGAGCAUAUAUGUUUAAUUGUUCAAAUAAUGAUAUUUUGAAACUUUUUGUAUUUUAAGAGUUUCUGAAAUUAUAGUUUAUUAGACUAUACAUUUUUAAUCACUGCGAAAAAUUAACUCAUUACCUAAAAUCCUAUUUUUUUUGGAAAAUCGGUAACUAAGAUACAGAACAUUUUAAAAUAUUUGUAGAUGCUCAAUAAAAAAUAUAAAAUAAAUAAUUAUAUUCCACAUAA